AUGCUUCAACUGAGAUCAAGUCUGAAAGCUCAGACGAGGAGGUCAGCGGCUGCGCUAUGUCCAGCUCGUUUUCCGAUAAUCUCUAGUGUCCGUCACAUCUCUGACAGCCCAAAAGAAGUUUUCACCAAGCUUUCCGAUGAAAACGACCCUCAAAGAGAUGCAUUUUUUAGAUACUCUUGGGGUUCAUGGAUCAAAAAUGAUCAUGCUGAGAAGGAGAAGAGAACAACGAAGUUUUCGAUAGAGGGAUUAACCGAUGUUAUCUCAAACUUGUAUGCUCAAUCAACGGCCGCGGCUAAGGCGAAUAACACCACAGAUGACAUCCCAGGACCAUCAUACAAUCAAAAUUUGACAGUUUCACUCCCCCAUAACUUGGUAAAGAGCAAGUUAGGAUCAUUGAAACCUAACGAAGCCUUGAAGGUGACUGCGAUGGCGAGCAUUCACGAAGGUAGACACCACAGAAUCUACAAAGUGGAUACAAACGCUGGAAAGUCCUUUGUACUGAGAAUUCCAUAUGCAACUAUUAAUGAGUCGGCUAUUUCCUAUAGAUUGAAAAGUGAGGUUGCGACCAUCGAUUUUGCCGACCUCAAAUUAGGACUGAAGGUCCCUACGGUAUAUUGCUAUGGCGCCAACGCUUUGAACCCCGUUAGGCAACCUUUUAUAUUGCAAGAAUAUAUUGAAGGGCGACUCUUGAUGCGUGACUGGACCCCGUUGGAGGACGACAGUGCAGAUAAAACUACUCAUUUGGACAAGUUGAAUAAAGUUAUCGACCCAUUGUCCCAAUUCCAGGCCAAAAUGCUAAGUGUGCCCUUCAACCAGUUCGGAAGCUUGUAUUUCGCUAAAGAUGUUCCUGAGGUCACAGAUCUUGCCUACGACGGUGAAGCAAAUAAGUCGCUCGCACACAGAUGGCGUAUCGGACCUUCCACGGAACGGUGUUUUUGGAGACAAAAAUCCGCAUUGCCCCUAGAGCAGGUGAAGAAGUUCACCGGCCCAUGGCCCAGAGACCAACCAAUGGCUAUGGUCAAGGACUUGGCCAAGCUAGAAGCAGAUAAUGCCAGAGCCAGACUGGCGUUGCAACAGGCUGAUGCUUCACCUACCCCAGUUGACGAAAGUGUAUUGAGAGAGCAAGCUCGGGCAUUUGAGAAUGUUGCGAAAAUAUCUGGCCUGCUUUAUAAUGUUAACUCCAACGUGGUACCAAAUAUGGCCGAGCUCUUGAAACCUCGCUUGCACCACCCUGACUUAGAUCCCAUGAAUGUCUUGGUUACUGACCAAGAAGGUAGCACCUCCUUUCUCUUGGACUUUGAAAACACGAGCAUUAAGCCUUUCAUUUUGCAAAAUGCCCCCCAGUUUGUUGCCUACGACGGUCCCAAAAUCUAUAACUUGGAGGAAGACGUCGAGAACUACACGGAACUAUCAGAGGCCGAGAAGGUCCAGUACCAAUUUAUGUACAAGCGUACGCGGAACCAGCACCUGUGGGAGUCUGCAUUGAACAAAAAUUGCAAGACUCUAAUUUCCGCAGUUGCACCUCCUAUCAAGCUUCUGAGAACCCCCUAUGUUACUUGCGUGGAACGCAAAAGUGAUGCCGAAUACUUGCUCAUCGACGAAAGUUUGAUUCAGCUGCGUGAGGUUUGGGAAGUUUUUGCCAAGAACAAACUGGUCAGCAGCGCCAAGUUUCCACUUGAAUUCUCCGAGGAGCAAGUCGAGAAGCAUGCUGCGGAUUUGAACGCCUUCCAUGAAAAGCUAAUCCAAAGUCCUUUUGCCGCGACCCAGGGGUGGAUUCCCCAGGACAUGUUUGACAACCUGCUGAAGGCAGGCAUUUUGGUCAAGGACCCUCAAGGGGACUACACUAUCAAGCAACAAUAA